AUGGGUGAACUUCCAAUUUUCACUUGUCAAGCCCAUGUAUUUACAAUUAACCCUCAAACAAAGAAGUCAUGGAUUCCGUCAAGCAGUAAAGCAGUCGAUGUUAACUUCUUUUAUGAUUCCAAUAAGCACUGUUAUCGAAUAAUUAGUGUUGAAGAUUCUUCUGGUUCAAAAAAGGUUAUUAUUAAUAGUACAUUGACGGAAAAAAUGACAUUCAAGAAGACUUCACAAAAAUUCGGACAAUGGGCUGAUUCGAAAACUGGUGGAGUUCAUGGUUUGGGGUUCAGCUCAGAAGCAGAUUUAACCAUGUUUAUCAAUCAAUUUAAACAAUGUGUAGAUUCAAUGAAGACUCAAAUUCAACCAGAAUCAAAUAGUCCAUCUGGAUUACGUGUACCAUCAGAUUCAGUCAAUUUACCAAAAGACAAUUUAUCAAGCCCGUUACAAAAUGGUCAAAUUCAUCCACCAAUAUCGAGUAGUAGUAGUAUUAUUCCAAUUAAUCAACCCACUACACCAACAAUAACACCUACAUGUUUAACGAAUAAUUUUAUUACUUCACAUCAAAAUAUUUCACAAAAUUUAUCAAAUCCAUUAUCUAUACAACAUGUUAAUUCAUCAUCAUUGCCUGUAACACUAACAACACAAUCCUUGACAACAACUGAUGGACAAAAUGAAAUGUAUUCUAAUCAAUCUGUACAAAAUCAAUUGAAAUUAGCUCAAGCUCAAGUGAAACGGUUGGAGAUGGAAAUUAAUCAAUUAAAACGUCAAGCUAUGCCAGUAAUGGGUAGUUCAAUGAAUGGAUUAGUUUAUGCAACAAAUUAUACUAAUAUUGAACCGGGAAUAUCAAUGGAUACCGUUGAUAGUCCUGAUCUACGAUGUGGUAUUGCACGUUUGGAAUUAGAUGGUACUAAUGGCGGUGGAGGCGCCGGUGUCAAUAGUAAUGGAGAAUGGAUUAACGAAUUGAGUAUUAGUAAUAAACCUAAACCAGUUGGUACUAUCCAUCCAUCAUUGGUACAAGGUAAUCAAAACAGACUAUUAUGGAUGGAUCGCGCAUCACAAGAUACUAUACGAUCAUUGCAUAUACGUUUAGGAAAUAUAUUAAAAGAAGCCUUAGAAAUUCAUAAUCGUUUAAGUUCUCUCCUAUCAAUUCCAUCUGUAGAGUAA